CGGGGCCGGAGCAACAUGGCGCCGGGGGGCGGGGGCGGGCGGCGGGACGGCUGGCCGGCCCGAGGGCGCCUCCUCCUGGCCGCGCUGCUGCUGCUGCUGUGGACGCGGGCGGCCAGCGGCCAGAGCAGCCCCCAGCAGAGCGUGAUCCUGGGCAUGAGGCUGGCGAGCUGCAACAAGUCGUGCGGGAUGAACCCGGAUGGCAUCAUCUUCGUGUCCGAGGGCAGCACGGUGAACUUGAGGCUCUACGGCCACAGCCUGGGCGAGGUCUCCAGCAACCUGAUCUCCUUCACCGAGGUGGACAACGCCGAGACGGUCCACAACUCCACCAACUGCCUGGAGCUCACCAAGGACCUAGUGGUCCAGCGGCUGGUCAACGUGAGCCGCGGGAACACGUCGGGGAUGCUAGUGGUGCUCACCAAGUUCCUGCGGAGGACCGAGAACAUGAAGCUGUACGCGCUGUGCACCCGGACCCGGGUCGACGGGCCCUGGCUCAGAUGGACGGACAAGGACUCCCUGCUGUUCAUGGUGGAGGAGAGCGAGCGGUUUCUGCCGCUCUGGCUGCACAUCCUUCUCGUGUUGGUGCUGCUGGUGCUGUCGGGCAUAUUUUCUGGCCUCAACCUGGGGCUUAUGGCCCUGGACCCGAUGGAGCUUCGCAUCGUGCAGAACUGUGGUACUCAGAAGGAGAAAAGGUACGCCCGCAAGAUAGAGCCUAUCCGGCGCAAGGGCAACUACCUGCUCUGCUCGCUUCUCCUGGGGAAUGUGCUAGUCAACACCUCCCUCACCAUCCUUCUGGACAACCUCAUCGGGUCUGGCAUCAUGGCAGUGGCCUCCUCUACCAUUGGCAUUGUCAUCUUCGGGGAGAUCAUACCUCAAGCCCUGUGCUCCCGGCACGGGCUGGCUGUGGGUGCCAACACUAUUGUUCUCACCAAAAUCUUUAUGCUGCUCACCUUCCCUCUGAGUUACCCCAUCAGCAAACUCCUGGACUUCAUCUUGGGUCAGGAGAUUCGUACUGUUUACAACCGGGAGAAGCUGAUGGAGAUGUUGAAGGUGACAGAGCCCUAUAACGACCUGGUGAAGGAGGAGUUAAAUAUGAUCCAGGGUGCCCUGGAGCUAAGGACCAAAACUGUGGAGGAUAUCAUGACCCAGUUGCACGACUGCUUCAUGAUCCGUAGUGAUGCCAUUUUGGACUUCAACACCAUGUCAGAGAUAAUGGAGAGUGGCUAUACCCGCAUUCCCGUGUUUGAAGACGAGCAGUCCAAUAUCGUAGACAUCCUUUAUGUCAAAGACUUGGCUUUCGUGGACCCCGAUGACUGCACCCCGCUCAAGACCAUCACUCGCUUCUACAACCACCCGGUACAUUUUGUUUUCCACGACACCAAGCUGGAUGCCAUGCUGGAGGAAUUCAAGAAGGGGAAGUCCCACCUGGCCAUUGUGCAGAAGGUGAACAAUGAGGGUGAAGGUGACCCCUUCUACGAGGUGCUGGGCCUGGUCACCCUGGAGGACGUCAUCGAGGAGAUCAUCAAGUCUGAGAUCUUGGAUGAGUCGGACAUGUACACUGACAAUCGAACCCGGAAACGGGUAUCUAUGAAGAACAAGCGUGACUUCUCUGCCUUCAAGGACACUGACAAUGAACUCAAAGUGAAGAUCUCACCUCAGCUGCUUCUGGCUGCUCAUCGCUUCCUGGCCACAGAGGUGUCCCAGUUUAGCCCCCCUCUGAUAUCAGAGAAGAUCCUGCUUCGGCUACUCAAAUACCCAGAUGUCAUCCAGGAGCUCAAGUUUGAUGAGCACAACAAGUACCAAGUCCACCAUUACCUGUACAGUCGGAACAAGCCGGCAGACUACUUUGUCCUCAUCCUGCAGGGGAAGGUGGAAGUUGAAGCAGGAAAGGAGAACAUGAAAUUUGAGACGGGUGCUUUCUCGUACUAUGGGACCAUGGCUCUGACCUCGGUAUCCUCCGAGCGGUCCCCAGCCCACCCGACUCCGCUCAGCCGGUCAGCCUCCCUCAGUUACCCAGACCGCAACACAGAAACGGUACCUUCCUCAUCCCUGGGAGGCAGCAGCCAGUUUGGCAGCUGCGUCAUGGGCCAGUAUGUCUGUGACUUCAGCGUCCGGGCACUCACAGACCUGCAGUACAUUAAGAUCACAAGACAGCAGUACCAGAAUGGACUGCUGGCCUCCCGCAUGGACAACAGCCCUCAGCUCACCUUGGACGGCUGUGCCACCUGCUCAGAGAACUUUACGGAGAAGCCUGAGCUGCCCGUGGUGGACGAGACCACGACUCUCCUCAAUGAACGCAACUCCUUGCUGCACAGAGCCUCGCAGGAGGGCGCCAUCUGACAGGAGGGCCCGGGGACUCCCGCCCACCCUGCGGGGGUCUCCCCAGUGGGCCCACAUGAAGUCAGGGAGCCUGAUGGGCUAGAAGGGGUGCAGGUAGAUGUCCUGCAUGACUGAGCGACCAGAUACCCCUGCUGAGGGGACCUGGCUGCAGAUGGGGACCUCGCUCUGACAUGAUGCCUGCCCAGCCCAGCU